AUGUUGAGAAUAAUCUUUCAUAUAUUAGGAGUCGUCCUAUUUUUCUACGGAUGUUACUACGAUCAUACUUUUGUGAAAAUACCGAAUACUUCGUCAACAGUGACUCCUUUUGGGGGUAAAUUAAAAUACUUAACUUUUCUCAAUGCGAUGCUGCAAACAGUUUACUUCACCAUGGCAGUGUUGAAUGAUAUUUUUGGAUCAAAUGAACCAACUCCAUCACACAAACCUGUAGUAAGACACAUUAAGGACACAAUGUUUAGCGCUCUAGCUUUCCCUUUGGCUUUAUUUGUUGGUAUAACAUUUUGGGGUCUGUAUGCUGUUGAUAGGGAAUUAAUUCUUCCUAAAGCCUUGGAUCCGUACUUUCCUGUAUGGUUAAACCAUGUUAUGCAUUCAUAUAUUGUUUUAUUUACAUUAAUUGAACUUUUCACAUCAUUUAGAAUGUACCCUAAGACGAAAAAUGGAUUAACCAUACUUUUUAGUUUCAUGAUAUGCUAUGUUGUUUGGAUUCAUUAUAUUUAUUUCCAAACCGGCAGCUGGGUAUAUCCAGUACUGGCUGUUAUUAAUUGGCCACUAAGAGUAGUUUUCUAUUUGUUUAGUCUUGGUUUUAUAUUUAGCUUGUACUUAUUAGGUGAGAAAUUAAACAGGAUUAUUUGGUCUAAAGAAGUAGAAUCUACUGUAAAGUCAGGAAAGAAAAAAGCUAAAUAA